AUGAAGCAAGCAAAGCAUCUGUCCUCCACUUGUAAAAAAUCAGCACAUGUUCCAGAAUUACAUAAAAAAAGACAAGUUAUUUCAUCAGUGUCAGCUAAAUCAAAGGAAAAAUGUAAUGCAAAAUCAGUAAAUGAUAAAAUUGAACCAAUGGUCCUAGGUUCUCCACCAACAGGAGAAUCCAUUGUAAGAUAUGCUUUGCCCAUUCCAUCAAGUCAGACAAAAGAAUUAAUAGCAGAAGAUCAAUUGAUCAGGAGAACUACUAAACAUCUGAGUCUGGUUGUUUCUACUUUGGAAGAGGCCUAUGGAAUUAAUGUUGAACCUAGGCGAAAAUUAGUCAUGACACCUGACAGUGAAGAAUUGUCUUUAUCUGUUGGGGAUGAUCUGAAUUCAUUCUUGGUAUAUUGUUCACAGUAUGCAGUUCAGCUAGAAGAAGCAGUUAAGGAAGAACGCAGUAUUUUGGAAUCUCUUUUUAAGUGGUUUCAGCAGCAGGUCAAUCAGAUGGAGGAGUUAAGUACAGAUCAAAGUUUUUUAGAAGAAGAGCUUCCAGUACCUGAUAAAACAGUCUCUUCAAGCAUUGCACAAGUAAUAAAGCAAUUGCAAAAACUUGAACAGCUGAGUAAUCAGUUUAAACAUGGGUCUAAAUAUUCCUUGAAAACCAUAUUAUCUAAACCCACCUCUAGAGCUUUUCUCAUCAUCUUUCAGUGGUAUGACUUCUUUUUUCUAAACAUAUUGUUGGGGGUAGAAGCAAUGCAGAUGUUACAAUUAGAGAAAUUUGAACAACUUGGCUUCAAACUAACAACUGCUGCUUCUUAUGAAUUCUUACAAACCCACCAAACUGAAGAAUUUAUAGGAGCUUCUGAAACUGAGCCAGAAACUGGUUUUUCGGUGACUAAUAGAUUGAAUACCAUGUUGAAAAUAUUUGAAAAACAGUCAAAUAUGUUGGAGAGAGCUAUAAAUGAACAUGAUUCAUUAGAGGCCAAAUACAGUAAGAUGCAAAGUGAUUUCCAGUUGUUAUCUGAGGAGAAAUCAGUGCUGGAAAAUGAGCUACAAAAAUUGAAGAAUCCAGAGAAAACAAAGUCUAUAUCUGAUCGAACAAAGAAAGCAGCUGUAAAACAGGAGAAGAAAAAAGACAAAGGAAAAUCUGAGGAAUCAGAAGAGAAGAAAUCUAUAGCCAAACAGCCAAAACUAGAAGAUUUUCUUGAAGUCCAGAAUGCAGCAAAUGCUCUAGCAAUUGAGAACAAAGUACUUCAAGAACAACUGAAACAAGCUUUGAAGGAAGCUGAAAAAACUAAGCACCAACUUGACUAUUUCCUAAAUCAAAGGAAGGAGUUACUUAAAAGUGAGCAGAACAAGACAGCCAUGCAAAUGGAUAUUAAUAAAAUGAAAGUUAAUGCUUUAGAUUCAGAAAAUGUACCACUGGAGAAAGAAGGAAGAAAAAAACUUUCAGACUCACGUGUACGAAAGUCAGAUGAUAAAAUCCAAGAGCACUCACAGAUCUCUCCAAACCAACGUGGAAGUGUCAUUGAAAAAAGCUCAGAGAAGAAAAGGUCUAGCCCUGCUAUUUCAGAUCUUUCACAGAUCCCCAAGUCUCAACAUGAAUCAGCUUUUUUAGAACGUUCAAAUGAAGUUUCACCCAGUGAAGAACUAUCCCAUGCAUCUUCAUUAGAGACCCAUGAUAAAUCAUUUGCAACAGUAUUACCCAGCAAAGAAAUUCAAGAUUCACUCCCUGACUCACCUGAAGUAGUGACAACAUCACAUAUUUCACAUCCUGUUUUUACUAAAAGAAAAUCAAAAGAUAGCAAUACUUCAAAGACUGGUGUUUCAGAAGAGAAGUUACAAAGUGAGACUGAAAACCAGACUUCCCAAGAAGCAAGAGAAUUUCAAGAUCAAAAACUAGACAAUGUAGGAGAUACAAGUUUGCCAGUGGAUCAAGGCUUAGACUCACAUGUCCCAUCUCAAACUGAAAAACAUGGAAGUGUUCAACCUGAUAGACAAAGUGGUCCAGAAGCAGAUGAGAUUGCUGAUGAAAGUCCUUUGCCUUUGGAUAAAGUUUUAGAUUCAAGGGAUCAGCUGCAGAUUAGAAAUAGUAUUUCAGAUACUGAACCUCUCACUCAGGAUAAAGAAUCAUAUGAAAAUAUUAUGCUUGAGAAGCAAGAUUCAGUGUCAAAAGCCCAAACACAAGUAAAGAAACGAAGAUCCAGGGAUGGAAAACUCAAUGCUCAGGAUAAAGAAACAUAUGAAAAUAUUAUGAUUGAGAAGCAAGAUUCAGUGUCAAAAGCCCAAACACAAGUAAAGAAACAAAGAAGAUCCAGGGAUGGAAAACUCAAUGGUUAA